GCGGUCAUCGCGGCCAUGGCCAAGGGCGGCGAAGGGCGGUCCUGGAGCUGCUGCAGGGCGCCUGGGAACGCGCGCUGCGCCGACUGCGGCGCCCGGAUCCCGACUGGGCCUCCUACACCCUGGGGGUGUUCAUCUGCCUGAGCUGCUCGGGAAUCCACCAGAACAUCCCCCAGGUCAGCAAGGUGAAGUCAGUCCGCCUGGAUGCCUGGGAGGAGGCCCAAGUGGAGUUCAUGGCCUCCCAUGGAAAUGACGCUGCGAGAGACGCGUAUGAGUCCAAAGUGCCUCCCUUCUACUACCGGCCCACGUCCUCUGACUGUCAGCUCCUGCGGGAGCAGUGGAUCCGGGCCAAGUACGAACGGCUGGAGUACCACCCGGAGAAGCAGGAGCCGUACUCCGCAGGAUACCGAGAAGGCUCCCUCUGGAAGCGAGGCCGGGACAACGGGCAGUUUCUAAGCCGGAAGUUUGUGCUGACUGAGCGAGAGGGGUCCCUGAAGUAUUUCAACAGAAAUGACGCCAAGGAGCCCAAGGCCGUCAUGAAGAUCGAACAUCUGAACGCCACCUUCCAGCCGGCCAAGAUCGGCCACCCCCACGGCCUGCAGAUCACCUACCUGAAGGACAACAGCACCCGCAACAUCUUUGUCUACCACGAGGACGGGAAGGAGAUCGUGGACUGGUUCAAUGCGCUCCGCGCGGCCCGCUUCCAUUACCUGCAGGUGGCGUUCCCGGGGGCCAGCGACGCCGACCUGGUGCCAAAGCUCUCCCGGAACUACCUGAAAGAAGGAUACAUGGAGAAAACCGGGCCCAAGCAAACAGAAGGCUUCCGGAAGCGCUGGUUCACCAUGGACGACCGGAGGCUCAUGUACUUCAAAGAUCCCCUGGACGCCUUCGCUCGCGGGGAAGUCUUCAUCGGCAGCAGGGAGAGCGGCUACACGGUGCUGGACGGGCUCCCACCGUCCACCCAGGGCCACCACUGGCCACACGGCAUUACCAUCGUGACACCGGAGCGCAGGUUCCUGCUGGCCUGUGAGACGGAGUCAGAGCAGCGGGCGUGGGUGGAGGCUUUUCGGAAGGUCGUGGACAGACCCAUGCUGCCCCAGGAGUACGCAGUGGAAGCCCACUUCAAGCAUAAACCCUAACAAGAGCUGGUCGUGGAGGCCGAGGGAGCUGGACUCACGGGAAAUGCCACCGAAGAGUCAGCAGCCAGAGGGGGCCGGUGACGGAGGACAGGCCUCCCGGCCCCCGCCCUCAGGGGCAGCCCUGGACGUGGCCAGGCGGGGCCUGUGCUCUAGCCACUAAGACUCGUUUCUCCGGAGCCUCACUGCAGGCCGGCUGACCUGACCUCUGCCCCCAUCAUGCUGCUGCCCAUGGAUGUGACCCUGCCCACCCCCCCACCCCACCCCCCGUCCACCGGACCACCCUUCCUCGGGGCCUGGGCCCAGCCUCCUGGCUCAGGGCAGCCCA